AUGGAGGGCAGUGAGGUUAUCGGCGCACCAAAGCAUCCGGACUGGCUGCAAAUGGUGUGCAUUAAGGAAGGGGAAGUUCCCUGUGUGAUCGCCUAUGUUUCGACUAGGCUCUCCCGCUAUCAUCCCGCUAUGCACUGCGACAUCCUCGUCCUCUCCCUCUUCAGUGGGGGUGAGGUUCUCAACCUAAUGAACGUCUACUCGGUUAAGGGUCUCCAGACUAGUGCGCUGGCUUUUGACAUCGCGCAGUUUUUCCCUUCUAUCAACCAUGAAAUGUUCAUGGCUGUUCUUUGCAAGCAAGGAUUCUUGCCGAUUCUGGUGGAGUUCUUUGCUUCUUAUCUUGUCGGUCGGUCCACAGUUUACUGCUGGAACACCUUCCAAUCCGACUCACGGUCCACAGACAUGGGUGUCAGGCAGGGCUCUGCUCUCUUGCCUGUUACCUCAGGGCUCUUCAUUGCUCCAGUAAUGAAGCUCUUCUACAUCAAGGCGGCACUGCUCAACACGACACUACUCUCCUUUGUGGAUGAUGGGACCAUCUUGGCCCAAUCCAAACAACUCGAUGAUAAUAAUGUGGGCCUGCAUAAGGCCUACAAAAUUAUCUACCUCCUCUUUGUUGCUUUCGCACUCGUUCUUGAACAUGACAAGACUGAGUUGUUCCACUUCUCGCGUCGACGCAACACCUAUAAUCCUUCGCUGGAUCUGGGGUACGCCCCGCAUACAGGCGAUACACCUUUGAAACCCAAGACCUAUUGGAGGUACCUAGGCUUCUACUUUGACCGCAGGCUCACGUUUCAUGAGCAUGUUUGCUACUAUGCCACCAAGGCAUUCACCACCGUGCAGGCCAUGCACCUGCUCAGAAACUCUACCAGAGGACUUUCGCCUAAGCAGCAACGCCUCCUUUAUAGAUUGUGCGUGGUUCCCAUUGCCACAUACAGUUAUUGUCUCUGGUAUUUUGAUGGCACCCAUAAUGAGAGCACCAUGAACCAGCUCAAGCGGAUGCAGCAGAAAGCUGCUCUAUGGAUCACAGGUGCCUUCUGCACCUCACCCACAGGUGGUCUUGAGGCCCUUGCUGGUCUCAUCCCCGUCCAUCUCAUGCUGAAGAAGCUAGCAAUGUGUGCAGUGUAUCGCAUUGCUACCCUCUCAGACUCUCAUCCUCUUCGCUCUAUGAUGGGUGAGAGACUCCUUAAGCGGGCCGUACCACAUGCCUGUUCAGCUGCUUUGAUGACCCCAGCUAUGUGA